CAUUGUAACUAGCAGGUCUUUCCUGUCAAACCUCUUAGAUACGUAGUUCCUGUUUACCGUGACGACUGCUCGGUUGUCAGAACAUGAUGUUUGGAAGUCAGAGAGCAUGAUUUGGAAUUGCACUCCCAUUAGUAAUCAUUACACAGUGUACCACACUCGGUAUUAGAAGGAGCGUAUAAGAAGAUUGACUAAAGGGAAACUGGACAUAUUGAAUGAGUGAACGAUUUCGUAAAGAAUGCAAAACAAUGGUGGUGAGCCAGCCCAGCAUCCGCCGCUGGACCACCAAGCACGUGGCAAAGUGGCUGAAGGAAGAAGGGUUCAGUGACUAUGUGGACCUUCUGUGCAACAGGCACCGGCUGGACGGCACGUCCAUCCUGACUCUGACAGAGUAUGACCUUCGGUGCCCUCCCUUGGAGUUGAAAGUACUAGGAGACAUCAAGAGGCUUAUGGUAUCUAUUCGCAAACUCCAGAAACAGAACAGCGAUGUUUUAGAAGAGCUGGGCUACACUUAUGAAGGGUGGCUGUCUGGCUCAGGGGCACACAGCCCGAACUCUAUACAGGGCAGCGACUGGCUGUAUAACGGGGACCCAGUCAGAGACUCGGAUGAACUAGUCGCCAGCCUAAGUGCAGACCAGUACCACCAGUACACUAAUGGGAAAUAUAAACAGCAUACACAGAGACUGGACCCAGAGUACUGGAAGACCAUUCUAAGUUCUGUUUAUGUUGUCUUUGUGUUUGGGUUUACGUCCUUUGUCAUGGUUAUAGUCCAUGAGCGGGUGCCUGACAUGCAAACCUACCCCCCAUUGCCAGACAUAUUCUUAGACAGUGUACCAAGGAUACCAUGGGCCUUUGCUAUGGCUGAAGCCUGUGGUGUGAUCCUGUGUAACAUUUGGUUGUUGGUGUUGCUUCUUCACAAGCACAGAUCAAUUCUUUUACGCCGCUUGUGCAGUCUCAUGGGUACAGUCUUCAUGCUGCGCUGCAUUACAAUGUUUGUGACUUCCCUCUCGGUGCCUGGCCAACAUUUGCAGUGUUCUGGAAAGCUAAACAGUGACAUGUGGGCAAAACUGAAGCGUGCGGUGGCCAUUUGGAGCGGUUUUGGAAUGACGUUAACGGGAGUCCAUACCUGUGGAGACUACAUGUUCAGUGGUCACACAGUAGUCCUGACUAUGCUAAACUUCUUUGUAACAGAAUAUACUCCAAGAAGCUGGAACUUUAUACACACCUUGUCUUGGGUUCUGAACCUGUUUGGCAUCUUCUUUAUACUAGCAGCCCAUGAACACUACUCAAUAGAUGUCUUCAUUGCUUUUUAUAUCACCACAAGACUGUUUUUGUACUACCACACACUAGCGAAUACCAGAGCCUAUCAGCAGAGCCGCAGAGCCAGGAUCUGGUUCCCCAUGUUCUCCUUUUUUGAGUGCAAUGUUAACGGACCAGUGCCUAAUGAAUACUGCUGGCCCUUCUCUAAACCUUUCAUGCUGAAAAGAUUAAUAGGCUAGAGCCAACUUCAGUGUGAUGUUCUGUGGCCCAAAUUUGAAAGCUCCCAAGUAGGUUAUACAAAAACUCCUGAAUAGUGGUCAUGAUAAUGGUGAUAAUCUCUGAAAUACCUAAAUUUAAGUUCUUGACAUUGUUUUGCCAAGAUUGUUUUAUUAUACCCAAGACAAAAGUGGUGCAUUAAGAUUGCAUUUGGGGAUCCAAUUCGGUUACACUUAGGGCUGCAUAUGUGGCCCAUUCGAAUAAAACAUUCGAGAAGCCACUAAUGGCGGUCUCUCUACGAAACAAAGUAAUAAGUUAUCAUGGGUUUUGAUUUUUCACUUAUUGGGUCAAGAGCAGGGUUAGGCUUUAGGAUUAGGGUUAACUUUUUGUUUACCCUUUGAUUUUGAAACUUUUUUUUUUUUUUUAUGAGUUUUGGUUCAGCAUAAUCUCAACUGAAUCCUAUGGAAAUGAAUGUUUAUGUUUAAAAUUGUAAAGAUUUGAACCAAAUGUAUUAAAAAAAUUAUGCAGCGUUACUGAAAAUGUUGGGGUAGAAUAUGUUUGGAUACUUUAGGUAAUGUAUGGUCGGUUGGGAUGCAAUUAUAUAAACUGCUUUUACAGUGCCCACUGUGCUUUUAAAAAUGGUUACUAUGGUGGUGGUAUUGGAAAUCUCCAUAUUUAUAUUUGUCCCUAGAUAGCAACAUCAUUUUUUAGUUUCAAGGGGCUGUUUACUAGACUCAGAAAGCAAAUCUGUUUAUUGUCAUCAGCUUGACAUAUUUGUUUAAGCAUAGUCAAACUCUAACUGUGUUUGGAUUGGACCAAAACAUAACCAUCCUUAUAUAAUGUUCAGUUUAGCCAAUACACUAGCAGUAUUAUAGGGAGAAAGCCAAUUGUUUUACUAACGUUAUGCAGAUUUUAACUUGUUAUUACAAUGUAUGAUGGUUAACUAUUCACACAGUUCUUUUAUUGUAUUAAUUAAAUCUGUGCCAGAACAAAUUGAGCUAACAAAUGUGAUCAAACUGAAUUACAAAACACUUGUGAGUUUGCGUGUUUGACACGGUAAAACAUUUGAUUAUGCUACUAUCGUUUUUUUUUUUUGUUUUUUUUUUAAACCAAGUGGAAAUAAUUUUGAAUUAAAAUAGUGUGUUUAACAAUAGAUUAUAUUUAAUUUCUAUCUUUAAAAAGAAAGGUGUUCUUUAUUGGUGUCUUAAUUAUUGAAUUAUAUAUAUAUACUAUAUGAUUUUUUAUUUUUUAUUUUUUAACUAUUAGCUUAGUAUCGGUUUAAUUUAAAAUGAAAAGUGGUGACUCGGAAUCAGAACAGGAACAGCUCCACAACAAUGCACUAAAAACAAUUUCAAUUUUGUGUUAAAUAUUUCUGUUAGGAGAGAGUAAUAUUGCUUAUAUGAUUAAAAAAAAAAAAAAAAAAAACUGCUGGAGCAAUCUUCAAAAGUAAGUAGCUUUUCAGUAUUUAAGAGCCAGCACCAUCAAGUGAACAGGCAUUGUGUAUGGGCAAAUAAAUUCACUAAAUGCUGACUUGUAAACCUAAUCCUGUACUUUGCUAGUCUAGUCAGUUUUAAAUGUAUCAAUGUUGAAACAGAAUCUGCCAACUACUAUUCAAGAGCUGCUCUUAAGCUCAGGUCAAAGCACCUUAACCCCUGAUGGUACACAAGGAAUUGAGCGGUUGUUCGAAUGGUUUCUUCUUAAAAUACAUUUGAGAGUGACUAGAUUAAACCUGUCAGUAGAUUUUAAACCCUGUUUCGUGCCCCUCAUAGCAAAAAUAAGAACGUUUGCAUCAUUUUAUUUGCAAGACACAUGUCCCUUGAACCUUAAAGGGUUAACGCAGUUGUAUAUCAAACAUUGAAAUAAAAAACAAAAUUGGGAUAACUGCAACAAGAAUCAGAAUCAUUGGAAACAUCAAAAACAGUAAGAGGACAGUAAAGAAAAUGUCACUUGAAGCUACUUACUCUUUUUAUGCUUUUUUGUUCCAGUGGAAAACAGCAAUGGGCAAUAAUUAAAUUUUGAUGGUAGUUAUUACAGGGUUGUUUGUAAAGUUUAAGGUAAUAGCUGCCUUUUUUCUAAUUUACUAAACUGCACUUGUGUGAUUUAACACUAUUUGUUUCUGUCAAUGUUUACAUUGUUCUACAAUACCUUCAGUAUUAAAAUCGCAUAUGCUGAUGUAAGUAUACUAACAGAUGGUAAAAGCUGCAGUAUCCCUCUUUUUAAUACAUUUUGGGAUGCAAACUAAAUUGUAAAGCAAUAUGAUGAUACAGUACAAUGAGCUACAUUCUUACAUUAUAAUAAUUUGCUAUAUACUCCAAACAGAAAAAUAAAGUUGUAUAAACUUUAAUAUAUUAACUGUUGGUCGGAUGCUUGUGAAGUAUACACUGCUGUUUAUUUAAAUGCAAAUAAAACCAAUAAUACAGUCUGCUGUUUUAAUGAAGUCUUCAUAAGGAUUUAAUAAAUAAGUAACCUUACUGUAAAAUUUGAGAAAAAGAGGAAUAUUGCAACUUCCUUUUAAUGCAGCUAUUUCAAGCUCCUAAAGGUUUAACUAACUAACCUGUUGUUAAAGGUACUGUUACCAUUGAUCUCUGUAAGUUGCUACUUUUAAGACUGUGUGAUAUGGCAGCUGCAAUAAAAAGUUUACUUUUA